AUGUCGAAGAUUCCUGUUAUAACCGUCGUGGUGGUUGCAUUAAUCGCGGUGUUAGCUUUGCCGGUUCGCAGCCAGCAACAACCACUUAGCCAAUGCACACCGUCUAUGAUGACCACGGUGAGUCCUUGUAUGGGCUUCUUAACCAACAGUAGCAGCAACGGAACUUCGCCGUCGUCUGAUUGUUGUAACUCGCUGAGGUCAUUGACCACCGGAGGAAUGGGAUGUCUUUGUCUUAUUGUCACCGGAACUGUUCCUUUUAAUAUUCCGGUUAACCGUACAACCGCCGUAUCUCUUCCACGUGCUUGUAACAUGCCUAGAGUCCCACUUCAAUGCAAAGCCAAUAUUGCUCCAGCUGCUGCUCCUGGACCUGCUGGUACAUUUGGACCGGCGAUGUCUCCAGGGCCAGCGACAACUCCAAUUGUUCCAGAGCCAACUCCGGCAGCUGAGACACCGCAGUCCGAUGCAACCCGACCUUUUACACCAACCGCCGGUGGUGGAGCUCCAACUUCUGACGAUGGAGGAAGCAGCAGUCUCACUCCUUCAUCCGCCUAUGCCCUCUCACCAUCUCUUCUCUUCUUUAGCAUUGGCCUCGCAGCUCUCAAGUUCUUCUGA